AUGUCUAAUCCGGCGGCCAUUCCAACAGCUGUUGAAGAUGCAAAUGGUGACGGCAGAUGGAUUAGUUUGCACAAACGGUUUAUAGCAGAAGCCAAAGAAAAAGAGCCAGAGGUUCUGAUCAUUGGAGAUUCCCUGAUACAACUCAUGGCACAAAAUGAGAUAUGGGAUAAGUUGUUCGUUCCCUUGCAUUGUCUCAACUUCGGCAUUGGAUCUGAUCAGACUCAAAAUGUUCUAUGGAGGUUGCAGAAUGGAGAACUUGAGGAUUUUGCACCAAAAGUGAUAGUGAUUUGUUGUGGGACCAACAACCACGAACACACCCCGGAACAAAUAGUUGGAGGCAUCUUGGAGAUCGUGAAGACCUGCCAGAAGAAACAACCCCAGUCACAAAUUGUUGUCAUGGCCAUCCCACCAAGAGGUCAGUUCGACAACCCCCUCCGACAGAAAAUCAACCAGAUCAACAGCUCGGUCUGUGCAAAGGUUUCUGGUAUUCCGAAUGUUUCCUUCUUCGAGAUAGACCCCAACAUGUUCAUCAACCCUUCAGACGGGUCCAUCAGUCACCAGGACAUGUAUGAUUACUUGCACCUGACCAGGCAGGGUUACAGAAAGUUGGCCGAGCCCCUUCUAGACGAGAUUCAAACCCUUCUGAAGAAUUUCCUUUCCGCUGAUACUAUAUCCACCAGUGAAGCAGAGUUCUGA